AUUCAUUCUCAAUCCCAGGAGCGAAACGACUUCGAUUUGGAGCGGAACGACUGGGGGCGAAAAGGUUAGGAAGCGAAACGACCGGAUACCUCGUCCAUAUUGUUUACCUUGGCAAAAGGAAAAAUUUUGUGAAAAUCUUGAUAUUUCACUAGAUCUAAAUCAAAAUGUAUCGAAAAGACAAGCCCCUUACUUUGAAGGGUAGCGCAUCUUCAAUGUGCAAUAACUUGACUAUACAUGUCAGCUCGGAAAAGAACCAAAUUACGUAUGCAAUCGUCCACAAAGCGGUUGCAAAUAUCGUGAGCACAAAUAUUGAUGGAACUUGUCCAAAUCACCGGCAACUUCUCUGCAAAGAACCGUCCACCUCUGGUCAGGCCGGUGUUGGCUUCUGGAAUCCAAUAUUGAUCCAGGCUAAAUUCCUCCAAGUUGGAUCGAGGAUGAUACUGGUUGUGACAUCGCAAAAAGCUAUUCAGAUGUACGAAGGAGAAAGCUCAGCCUUGUUUUACUGGCAUGCACUAGGAGACCCUCAAGCUACUGACACCCCCACCUUUUCUAGAGGGAUAUGCCAUAUAGAAGGAACAAACACAGUCUGUGUUGGUACAUUUGAAGGACACAUCCUAGUUUUCAAUAUUCCCCCCAAAGGAACAGAUGUUACGCUAGCUGAAAAAUUGAAAGGUCAUAAGUAUCCCAUCUGUGAUAUUACAUCCCAUAAUGAUAACCUUGUGAGUAGUGACGAUCAGGGAAAUAUACGUGUUUGGCAAGCAAGAGCAGACAAGUUUUCUACGAGAGCGCAGAUCAGUGGGUCAGGGUACCCGUGUUCAAGUUUAGCAGUGUAUUCUGACAUCAUUGCUGCUGGUUAUGGCGAUGGCCAUCUCCGAAUCUUCAACUUGUCUACGGGGAAAAUGUCUGCUGAAAUUGCAGCACAUGCUAGAUGGGUCACUGCUAUUGAUAUAAGUUCAAGAGGACAGUUACUCUCUGUGGGUGAAGAUUCCUUUGUCCAUGUGUGGCAGCUGAAUCACAAUGGUGCAUUGUUAGAGGUUGAACACACAUUUUCAGAGAGUGUAUCUGAUCUACAGCUGGUUGGUGGUCGGUUCGUUUCUCCAGAUGGGCGAGCAUUCUGUGUGACGGGCUACGAUUCAAAUGAACUCAUCUUCUUCAGAAACUAACUAGGCCCGGGAAAGGUUCCAUUGAGAAACUGCUGUAGUCGUUUAAAUGCUGUUAGUGUAUCAGAAGUGCACUCAGAAUGUUUGGCCAAACUGCAUGCGAGGACUCCAAAGAUAUCGUCAUUUGACAGAAAGUGAUGCUUUGGACUUUUGGAAGAAAUGGCUCGCUCAGUCUUGCUAUGCGGAAAACAGUUCAAGCAAGAAGUCAAGGGAUGACAUGCUUGAUUGAAAGACUGAUUUUUUGAGAGUAGAAAAGUCCUGUGAACAGAUUGGUACCCUAGAAAAAGCACUGUAUGUACAAAGGUCAUCGGUAUAUGUUAGUGUUGUACAUGUAUGAUGGUAGAAAGAUUGUGUAAGUGUUAGAAGUGCACUUGAGGAAAGUCAAUGUAGUUAGCACAAAUACUGUGCUUCGGUUAAAAUCUCCGUCCAUGUAUUAGGUUUAGUGGAAAUAUCAAUUCCAGCCGCAGUGUGACUUAUAUUAACUAGUUGAAAGUAAUCCCUACAAUGCAAGUACAAUGUACACAAUAGGUCCAGUUUUGUAAUUUUUCUAUCACUCAGUAAGCAAUUUUGCACUGACAUUGUAGUUAGGAAUAUCCGUCCUUAUGAGAGUGUGUCCAACAGAAUUCCAUCCUUAUGAUGCCAGUAAUGUUGUUCAUUCCAUGAAAGCUACAUCCCACAUGAAGAUGGCCUACUUGAUCAAAGCUCUCUCCUAGAAUCUGUCACACUUGGGGAUAAAAACGAUGGUGGAAAUGCUGAUAAGUCUUGCCUGCAUGCAUAACUGAUCUUGAAGAAGCAUCAUUGAUCUUCAUAAACUUGUUAAAAUCAUAGAUUUUAAGAAUGUGUUUAGUCAUCCAUGUGCUUGUGUUACAUGUACGUAUGUAAUGUAAAUUUGUGUGUGAUUAAAAGUCUG